UUUCGACCAAUCUUCUUUGGGUUAAAUAAAAGUCUUUUCAGGUGUUUUGGUUCCACCGGCGAAGGGAGGCUACUCCCAUUAUAUUCUAGAAUUUUCCCGAAAACAUGGCAGAUACAAAGAAACAACAGGCAGAACAGUUGAAGGUUGAAGGGAACAAAGCGUUAGCUGAAAGUAAAUAUGAGGAGGCUUUGAGGCUGUAUACCGAGGCUCUGACACUUGACAACAAUGCAGUGUUGUAUAGCAACCGAUCAGCAGCUCACACAAAGGCAGGAAACUACGUCGAAGCUAUCGAAGAUGCAGAGAAAGCUAUUCAGAUGAGACCUGAUUGGAUAAAGGGUUGGUCUCGUAAAGGAACAGCUCUUUGUUACCUGAAAAGAUAUGAAGAGGCAAAGAUUGCUUUUGAAGAAGGUCUCAAGAUUGAACCAGACAAUCAGCAAUUGAAGGAUGGUUUAGCUGAAGCAGAGUCAAAUCUGACAGGUCCUGGGGGCAGCUCUGCUAUUGGUAACCCAUUUACCCAGCCUGAUGUCAUGCAGAAACUGGAAGCCAACCCAAAGACACGGGAGUACUUGAAGGAUCCAUUGUUUAGACAACAAAUAGAACUGAUGAGACUCAGUGGUAGCAUGCAAAAUGUAAAUGAUUCACGGAUGAUAGCAUGUUUAGGAGUUCUUUUGGGCAUUGAUCUGCAGACAUUUGAUGAUCCAGAUGAUAUUCCUAAACCAUCGUCGUCAUCGAAAUUCACGUCAGAGCCUCCGUCUUCUACCUCAAAGCCUCAGUCCUCAAGUGAUUCUAAUUCCUCCCAACAAAAUAAAAGCAAUGAAAGUUCAGUCUCAGAUGAGCAGAAAAAGGCAAAAGCAGCAAAAGAGAAGGGAAAUGCAGCAUACAAGGAAAAGAAAUUUGAGGAAGCAAUUAAACAUUAUGAUGAGGCUAUUGACCUUGACCCCACUGAGAUGACAUACUUAAACAACAAAGCUGCUGUUUACUUUGAACAGAAGAAGUAUGAUGAAUGUAUAGCAAUAUGUGAAAAGGCAGUGGAAGUUGGACGUGAAAACAGGGCAGACUUUACCAUUAUUGCUAAAGCACUAGCAAGAACAGGGAAGGCUUAUUUGAAGAAAGAGGAUGAAGAAAAUGCAAUCAGAUACCUGAACAAAUCAUUAUCAGAACACAGGGCACCAGAUAUAGCUAAACUAGUUCUAGAAAUUGAGAAACAGAAGAAAGAGAAGGAAAGACUUGCAUACAUAAACCCAGAGAUUGCAUUAGAGGAGAAAACUAAAGGGAACGAAUUUUAUCAACAAGGGAAAUAUCCUGAGGCAUUAAAACACUACACAGAAGCUAUCAAAAGGAACCCACAGGAUGCAAAAAUAUACAGCAAUAGAGCAGCAUGCUAUACAAAACUCAUGGAAUUUAACCUCGCUCUCAGAGACUGUGAUGAAUGUAUUAAACUGGAACCAAACUUUAUUAAAGGCUAUUUACGUAAAGCAGCCAUUUUUACGGCAAUGAAAGAAACAUCCAAAGCUACACUAGCGUAUCAGAAAGCUCUUGAAUUGGAUCCUAACUGUGCAGAGGCCCAGCAAGGAUACAGAAGCUCAUUGAUACAGGAGAACAGUGACCCAGAGGCAGUUAGAAAACGGGCGAUGGAGAACCCAGAAAUACAAGAAAUAUUGAGUGAUCCAGCCAUGAGACUUAUACUUGAACAAAUGCAAAAAGAUCCAAAUGCUUUAAAAGAGCACCUGAAGAACCCAGAUGUAGCAUCAAAGAUAGAAAAACUUCUAGAAGCAGGAAUUAUUGCGAUUCGUUAAUGAACAUACUUUUUUUUGCCAUCAUCUAUCAUCAUUAUUUUGCUAUAAAUGUGAUAGGAGAGCUAUGGUUCAAGUUAGACACAAGUAAAAUUUGGACAGUAAAAAUGAAUUCCCGAGUCUGUAAUUGAUAGGCAUAAUUCUGUAAAAAUAUGUCUGUUUUGUUGUUUGAUUUUAUAUAUCGGGUCAAAAUGUUGCUAGAGAAUGAAAUUUCCUUUUGAUUUUUCCAAAUAUUUUGCUACCAAUUAAAUUAAAAUAGUUUAUAUGUGAUUGGCUGUUUUGUGAUUUUCAAGGUUUUAAUAGCAAGUAUGGUGAAUCACAUUCUGUCUGUUCUUUUACAUUGAAUGAAAUGUUCGGGUAUAGAUGUGUCUUGUGAAUAGAAAUAUCCGGUAUUUUCAGACUAAUUGCAAAUUUUCAUGUAUUACAUUCGUUACAAAACUAGUUCUGUUGUUAAAAUAAUUGCUACAUCUUGCAAUUUGAAUUUGAUAACAAAAGGAGUAUACAUACCUUAUUCCUGCAAAACUUUUCAACCUGUUGAUGCAUUUCUUCCUCCUUAAAGCAAUAAUGUCUCUUUGUAUUUUCAAUGUGUAUUAUAAUUUUAGGUGUAUUUUGAUAUGUUAUGUUGCUAUUAUAUUAAAAUUGUGUUCAGAAUUGAUAAAAUAUCUUAUGAUUUUGUACUAUCUCUGUAGAGAUAGUUUAACAAAGUUUUAAAUGUCAGACUGUUCCAUGUAUACCCUUUAGAAGUCUGAAAAGUAAUGAAUCAGAGUUUUGUAGCACUUGUAUAAAAGUCAGUGAUAUGCAUGUUUGUAUAUGUGGUGAUAUGAUUUCAGGACAUUUUCCCCUGUAGAAAAUGUUUUAUAGAUUGUAACCUUGUUAAAUUAUGUUGCGUAUUUUUUGUAAGUGCUUAAAAAUGAAAUUAAUACUAAGGGAACAAUCAAGAG